AUGUUGGAGCGCCUUUCCGUGGACUACGGAAAGAAAAGCAAGAUCUCCUUCACGGUCUGGUGCUGCCCUCAGGUGGCGACUGCCGUGGUCGAGCCCUACAACACUGUCUUAUGUGUGCACUCCCUGCUGGAGCACACAGAUGUGACCAUCAUGUACGACAAUGAAGCGCUCUAUGACAUCUGCCGCAGGAACCUCGACAUUGAGCGCCCGACGUACACCAAUCUGAACCGCCUGAUCGCCCAGAUCAUCUCGAGCUUGACGGCGUCCCUGCGGUUUGACGGUGCUCUGAACGUGGACAUCACGGAGUUCCAGACCAACUUGGUGCCGUAUCCCCGUAUCCACUUCAUGUUGACCUCCUAUGCCCCAGUCAUCUCUGCGGAGAAAGCCUACCACGAGCAGCUGUCCGUAGCGGAAAUCACCAUGUCCGUCUUCGAGCCCGCAUCCAUGAUGGUGAAAUGUGAUCCCCGUCAUGGCAAGUACAUGGCCUGCUGCAUGAUGUAUCGUGGUGAUGUGGUGCCAAAGGAUGUGAAUGCGGCCGUGGCCACCAUCAAGACCAAGCGUACCAUCCAAUUCGUGGACUGGUGCCCUACUGGCUUCAAGUGCGGAAUCAACUACCAGCCGCCCACGGUGGUGCCCGGUGGCGACUUGGCGAAGGUGAUGCGCGCUUGCUGCAUGAUCUCGAACAGCACCGCUAUUGCCGAAGUCUUCUCCCGCAUCGACCACAAGUUCGACUUGAUGUACUCCAAGCGUGCUUUCGUCCAUCACUACGUUGGAGAAGGCAUGGAGGAGGGCGAGUUCUCUGAGGCACGGGAGGAUCUGGCAGCCCUCGAGAAGGACUACGAAGAAGUGGGCAUCGAAACUGCGGAAGGUGAGGGAGAGGAGGAAGGCUAUGGCGACGAGUUCUGA